CCCCGCGAGCAGAGUCGACUAGGGUUUCUCUUCUCUCCGCCGCCGGCGCCGCGUCUUCCCGCGCGAACCAUCGCAUCCACAAGCCGGCGGCAACGAUGUCGACCGUCGUGGAGCCGGCGCUGCAGCAUGAAGUGAAGCUCUACAACCGCUGGAGCUACGAUGGCGUCGCCGUGAACGACAUCUCGCUGAACGACUACCUGGCGGUGACCCUGCCGAAGCACUUCACCUACCUGCCGCACUCGGCCGGCCGCUACUCGGCCAAGCGCUUCCGCAAGGCGCAGUGCCCCAUCAUCGAGCGCCUCACCAACUCGCUCAUGAUGCACGGCCGCAACAACGGCAAGAAGAUCAUGGCCGUCCGCAUCAUCAAGCACACCAUGGAGAUCAUCCACCUCCUCACCGACGCCAACCCCAUCCAGGUCAUCGUCGACGCCAUCAUCAACAGUGGUCCACGUGAGGAUGCCACCCGUAUUGGUUCUGCUGGUGUUGUGAGGAGACAGGCAGUGGAUAUUUCUCCUCUCAGGAGGGUUAACCAGGCAAUCUACCUCCUGACCACUGGUGCCAGGGAGAGUGCCUUCAGGAACGUCAAGACCAUCGCUGAGUGCCUUGCUGAUGAGUUGAUCAAUGCUGCCAAGGGUUCAUCCAACAGCUAUGCCAUCAAGAAGAAGGACGAGAUUGAGCGUGUCGCCAAGGCGAACCGUUGAGUGGAACUUGCAACAGAAUUCCUUUUGCUGCUGGCAGGAGAUUUUGGUUGCUGUGUUUUGCAUGAUGUCUAGUAGACCUAUCUGUGGUUUUGCGUUUUAGUGAAUGAAAAUUCUGUAGGAGUUGAAAUGGCGUACAUGCCUGAUGCUUGAGACACCUGUUCUUGUUCCAAAUUAAUUCGAGUAAUUUGCUGACAUGAUGAAUGUUGAUUGCUGAGAUGAUACGUCGAUUGCUUGGAUGUUGUAGGUUUC